AUGUCUGACGAGAGCUUGUGGAGAAACAUAAGCGGGGAGAACCACUGCUCGUUCAAAAUGAGAACGGAGGAGAACACGCUGUGUAGGAACCAAAACAACGUGACCGGGCUUUGCGACCGAUUCUCGUGUCCGCUGGCCAACUCGCGGUAUGCAACGGUUCGGGCAGUUGGAGAGGAGCUUUUCCUGUUUGUGAAGGAGCCUGAGCGGGUGCAUGUUCCCAGGGAUGCCUAUGAGCAGAUAAGGCUGUCUUCAAACUAUGAGGAAGCUCUCAAGCAGAUAGAAGAGAGUCUUGAGUUCUGGGACGAAAAGGUCAUCCAUAAAUGCAAGCAGAAACUUUCCAAGCUCACGCAGUAUCUCAGGAGGCUGGGAUACUUCAAGGAGCAUGGAAAGGUGGAGUACAUGGUGAGGAAGAAGAAGAUGAAUAGAAGAGAAAAGCUCAGAGCCCUGAAGACCCUGAACAGCAUCAACUUCGAGAAGAACAUUGGAGACGAGCUGAUGCUGAGGCUUGAAAGUGGGAUCUACGGGACAGAGCUCAAGGAUAGAUUCCACCUCGCUAACAAGGCGGCUACAGAAAGGGAAAAGAGGCAGAACAGAAAAAAGAGGUACGUUGCAGAGCUUGAAGAGAGCGACACUGUGCUUGAGGCAGAGACCCGUGAUAGCGAGAAGAAGAAGACCAAGAAGAAGGUAGCAAUGAAGUGGUGA